AAAUAAAUAGUAGUACAGUAUAUAAAAACGAUGUCGUUAUUCUUAUAUAUCCGAAAUUUUCUUCCCUCCUCUUCUUCCUUGGCCUCUGCAAAACCCUAGAUCGUAAUUCAAUUUCUGACAACAAUGGCGAUCGCCAGAACCGGAGUUUUCGUCGAUGAUUACUUGGAAUAUUCGAGCACUUUGCCUGCUGAGCUUCAGAGGCUUCUUAACACCAUUAGAGAGCUCGAUGAGCGUUCACAAGGAAUAAUAAAUCAGACUAGGCAGCAGACCAAUUACUGCCUAGGAUUAGCGUCUCAGAGUCAGGGAUCAAGGAAAUACAAUUAUGAUGAUGAUGAGGCUUUUGAGAAGUUGAGGAAGGAGAUUGAAGGAAACCAGGACAAUGCCUUAAGCCUUUGCACUGAAAAGGUUUUACUUGCUCGACAAGCUCAUGAUAUUAUAGAUAGCCACAUCAAGCGCUUAGAUGAAGAUCUUACCAACUUCGCUGAAGAUCUUAAGCAAGAGGGAAAGCUACCUGCAGAUGAACCUCCUAUCCUUCCUCCAUUACCUUUGGUCCUUAAGACUGAAAAACGCAAAGCACCAUAUGUAACACCUCAAUCAAAGAAGUUUGAGUACAGAGACUGGGAUUGGGACCGAGAACGUGACAGAGAUUAUGAUCUUAUGCCUCCUCCUGGCAGUCAUAAGAAGGAUUUUGCUUCUCCUGUUGAUGUUGAUCAACCCAUUGAUCCAAAUGAACCCACCUACUGUGUGUGCCAUCAGGUAUCCUUUGGAGAUAUGAUUGCCUGCGACAAUGAAAAUUGCCAAGGAGGUGAAUGGUUUCACUAUACUUGUGUUGGACUCACACCAGAGACAAGAUUCAAAGGGAAGUGGUACUGUCCGACAUGCAGACAAUUACCUCAUUGAUUACAAGUAUGCCCGCCCCGCCUUUUAUUUGUGCUGCGACUCCUCCUGCAUCAAUUUUUGAAGGGUAUCUUUCGUAUGUUAUGCUCCCCCAAUGUCUGUUUCGAUAAAGAAAUGUAUGUACCUAUUCGGUUAAUGGUGAAAAAGGGUAGUCGGAGAAAUGUGUUGUCUGUUUGCACCAAAAAUGUAUCUCAUGAUCCCUGUUUUGUACAUGUAUAAGUAUCUAUGAGAGGGAUCAAAUUUUCUUGACUCUGCAUAAUGAACUCCAAAGGUU